ACACUACGCAACGCGCCCAAAGUACCAGCUGAUUAGCGAAAACGUUUAAAAAUGAUUUAAACGAUUUAAAUUCAUGAUUUUGCACACGGCGGACUACGGACGCGAGAAUGUUCAAACGCACAUUUACUGUGGUUUAUCGGCCAAUUAAGAGCAACUUUGUGCUGCUGCCGGACCAGUACUACGGUGUCGUAUCGACCUAUGACACGGGCUGCCUCAGUUUGCAGUACAAUGGACGCGUCCACUACGCCUCUUGGGCACCGCACGCUGGUGGCGGCGGCAUCAAAGACAACGAAAUUGGGAUCAAUGCCAGGGCGGCCAAGGAGAUCGGUCUGAAUGAGUCAAGUGUGGUCAAGUGUGCGCUCAUCGCUGACGUUCUCAAUCUGCGCAGUGUCCACGUUACCCCCGUCUCCGCCAAAGACUGGGAGAUCAUUGAGCUAAGCAGUGAGAAUAUCUCAGGAAGCGUCCUUGAGCAGACGCGCAUCGUCAACUCGACGCAAAUUCUGAUUGUUUGGAUUAAUAAGUCCAUGCAGGUGGCGCUGACAGUGGAUCGCCUAAAGCCCCACACUAGCUAUGGCAGAAUGGACCACAACACUGAGUUGGUGGUGGCCCCCAACCUGUACAAGGGACUGACCAAUGGAACCUCCAAUGGUGACAGCAAAGAUGAGAGCACUAAACUCGCGCGCAGCAAGACGAGUGCCCAGGUCAGGGAUGAAUCCGUGAAUGGCAAGCUGGCGCCCCUCAGCCAUUCCGCCACAGCGUACAACGUGAAGAGUACGUUGCAGCGAAACAAGCGGCAGGAUCACAUGGAGCGUCUUAAGAAGGAUCUGCGCAGAGAAAGCUUGCGAAGCUUCGAGUUUCGUGUGAUACGAGGUCUGUGGCGCGAGCAGGCCCAGGAGUCGGAUGUCUAUGUUAAUAGCAAGCGCUUGCCCGAGUUCAUGGAUAUGGAUCACUUCUAUUGCAUGCACACGGCUAACGACAAGGACUACUACGUGAGGGUGCGCACGAUUGACGAGGAGCUGCACGGAGAUCUGCCCGGAACCAUUCAUCCCUCCAUUGAGCUGAACGCUAAUUUGAUGAAGCUGCUGGGGAUCAAGGAGCUGGAGCGGGUUGUGCUGCGGCCGAAGACAAUCGUUGUAAACUUUGUGGAGAAGAUUGAGCUGUUUGCACACAAGAAGACGCACUACAAGAUCAUUGAGAAUGCAUUUAAGCGAUUUGUGAUCGAGCGCACCCAAUCGAAGCCGAUGCUCUUCAACCAGGAAGAGGUUGUGCGCCUAGAGGAUGAUCUGCUAAUCACCGUUGGCAUACUACCGGAGCAUUUCCGCUAUUGCGUUGUCGAUUCCCAGUUCCUGAAGGAGUCGAAGAUCUAUGCGGCUGACUUGGUGCGCCCUGUCAACGAGAUCAUUAAGGAGCAGCCGCCUGUCACCUCGCCGCUAAGUGUCAAGGAUCUCAUACGCCUACCAGAGUACGACAAGAUUGUAAACCAGGUGGUGCGAGAGCUGCGCAUGAAUUUGUGCCUGAAUGCGGAAAAUUCCGUGAUGCGGCAGUGCAAUGUCCUACUGACAGGGGCCGCCGGCACUGGCAAAACGGUUCUAGUCGAGCGGAUCUUGGAGCAGUUGUCACGUAAGCCGGACUACUGCUACUUCGACAUCUUCUACGGAUCGCGCAGCAAGGGCCGCAAGACCGAUUCCAUACAGAAGGAUCUGCGCAACAUAUUCACCAGUUGUCUGCAGCAUGCCCCCGCCAUCGUGGUACUCGAGAACCUCGAUGUGCUGGCUCAUGCCGCGGGCGAGCAGUCCAGCCAGGACGGCGAGUACUACAACCGCAUGGCGGACACUGUCCACCAACUGAUUGUCCAGUACACCAACAGCAAUGCCAUUGCCGUCAUUGCAACUGUGAGCGAACUCCAGACGCUCAACAAGCGCCUCAGCUCGCCCCGGGGUCGGCAUGUGUUCCAAACGGUUGCCCGCUUGCCCAGUCUGGAUCGUCCCGAUCGCGAGAUUAUUCUGCGGGAGCUGUGCAGCCACAUCGACAUAUCCCAAGAGCUCGACCUGGCAAAGUUCUCCAAUUUGACGGAGGGCUAUCGCAAAUGUGAUUUGGUGCAGUUUGUGGAGCGAGCCAUCUUUUACGCCUAUCGCAUCAGCAAAGCAAAGCCGCUGCUGACCAACGACCAGCUGAUUGAGUCCUUGGAGCACACCAAUUCCUACUGCCUGCAGGGCAUCCAGAGAAAUCAGAAGACUGGAAGCGAUGCGGACGCCACUGAGAUGCGCAUAGAGGAACUGCCGGGCCUGGAGUCGGUUGUGGGGGUACUCGAGGAGGUGCUCAUGUGGCCCUCAAGGUAUCCAACCAUCUUCAACGCUUCGCCGUUGCGCAAUCAGGCCGGUGUCCUGCUGUACGGGCCGCCGGGCACGGGCAAGACCUACCUAGUAUCCCAGCUGGCCACCUCUUGGAAUCUGCGCAUUAUAUCCGUGAAAGGCCCUGAAUUGCUGGCCAAGUAUAUUGGCCAGAGCGAGGAAAAUGUCCGCAAUCUGUUCAAUCGCGCCCGCAGCGCCCGGCCUUGCGUGCUCUUCUUCGACGAGUUCGACAGCCUGGCCCCCAAGCGUGGUCACGACUCGACGGGGGUGACGGACCGCGUGGUCAACCAGCUGCUAACCGAACUUGACGGCGUGGAGGGUCUCCAGGGGGUCACCGUCAUAGCAGCCACCUCCAGACCCGAACUGCUGGACCCGGCCCUGUUGCGGUCGGGUCGCAUCGAUCGCCUGGUGGAGUGCCCGCUGCCAGAUGCCGUGGCCCGGGUGCGCAUCUUCGAGGCUCUCAGCUCCACCCUGAGCCUGGAUGAGUGCGUGGAUUUUGACUGGUUCGCGGGCAGAACUGGUAAUUACACUGGCGCCGAUAUACAGAGCAUCCUGACCUCGGCGAACAUGGCGGCGGUUAAGGAGGCUCUGGCACAGUUCGGACACGAGAAACUGCCUAAGAAAAUAUCGCUGAAGCAAAAGCAUCUGAUCGAGUCCUUCCAAACAACUCGGCCCUCACUAAGCGCCUCCGAUGUGGCCAAAUAUCACAAAACAUAUGCUCGUUUCACCAAUAAAGAGAAAAGCUCGAGGGAGUUUGUGGCUAAGCGCGCUACUUUGGCUUAAAGACAAAGACUAAAUUAGCAUAGAACUCUGUUUAUCCUUAACCGUAUUUUGUAUAUUUGUACAUGGAGGAAGGCGAAAGUCUACGUCUUCUUCUCCAACUUCUUCUUGUUGAGGCAAUAAACCGAAUUUUGUUUAAAGAA